AUGUCUUCCACCGAGGCUAAUAUUAAUAUUAAAGUGAACAUCAAGUUACCUAACGUGCAUGCACACCACGGUAAGAAGGCGCCAACACAAGAGAAAUUAUCCCUACAGUUCAACAAGGACUCAAAGGUUCAAACUGUACUUGAUGUUUUAGCAGUUGCCAAACAAACUAAAUUUUUAACUAAUAUCCAAUUGAAGCAUAAUGAUAUUGUGUUAAAUGAUGAGCAAGUGCUUGCUGAGUUAACCUCUGAAAAGGCAGUUGAAAAGGAUAUUCCAGUUGAUAUCUCUGUUGAAUUGAAACCAUACAGUUACAGAGAAUCCCUAAGACACUCCGUUAUUGUUCGUGACUUAAUCGGUUUCAGUUCUGAAACUGAAGAUAGUUUAUCCGAAUUUGCCAUCUCCACUGGCUCCAAAUAUGAAUCUUUGAACCUUUCUGAAAUUAGACAGAAGGAUCCAGAGGCAGAAAAGAAGAGAAAGGAAGAAGAAGAAGCUGCCAAGAAGCAAGAGACUGAAAAGGGUGAAGAGACCGAAAAGAAAGGCCACUUUUUAGAUGUCACCGAUGAAGAAAAAGAAGCUACAGCCAAGAUGGUACGUGAAAUCUUCAAAUCCCAAAAGGAAUCUUCCCUAAAACAAUUCUUCACAACAAGCUCAGCUCUUAUUACACCUUGUGUUCGUUCCCUGAACCUGUCUCAAUACAAUCCUGUUCCAGCAUUGUACAAGACCAAAGGCCAUUUACUUUACUUGCAAGUUGUCACUUUAGAAGGCGAAAGUCUACAUAUUACCGCUACACCAGCUGGAUUCUAUGUUAAUAAAUCUUCUAACAGUAAAUUUGAUCCAUCAUUGAAAACAAAGACCGACGAAGAUUCGGAUAACAAAAGCCACGGACGUAAACAUGAACCACACCAAGUCGAGACCACUUUCUAUAGUUUGUUUGACUUGUUGGCUGCCCAUUCUAAGAACUUCACUUCUCAUAUUGAAAAGUUAGACAGUAAGUUGGCUACCAUGGAAAAUGCGUCUUAUGUUAAACCACAAACAGCUUACCUACAUAAGCCAUGGUUGAUCUCUAAUGUUCCAUCUAAUAGUGGUGACUAUUCAAAGUUGCAGCAAGAUUAUGUUAACAAUAUCGUAAAUCUUGAGAGAAACUUUAACGAUGAAUUUCAAGCAAUCAAAGACUUGCCAACUGAUGCUAUUGCUUCACGUAUCGAAUCUGAGAGGCUAUUGGCUAAGUUGAUUCAUGAAUUUUCUGGAGUUGCUGCAAGCGGUGCAAUGCUGAUCGUUCAAAACAGUAUGGUUGCCAUGAACCCAGAUGCCGAUGAAAGUGAACAAAUCUUUUUAAAGGAUAACAUCUUUUACUCUUAUGUUACUGAUGUAAUCGGUACUUAUUCUGAUAAGGGCGGUGAUGAUGCCGCUAGAGCUGCUUCCAACCAAGAUCUAUUAACUAUCUCUAUCUUGAACAGAAUUAACCUAAAAGAUGUGCGCUAUUUAUUAACCACAAUCGUUGAUUUUGGUGGUAAGAGAUUAUUGGCUCAAACUCCAGUACCAGGUUUACUAGGUACAAUGGGUUCUGAGGUGGUCAAGGAUGAAGCAAGUGGUGAAGAAAUUUUGAAAGAUUUGGAAAAUGAUAUUGUUGUUAGUUAUGGUUACGAUGAAACAUCUAAACAAGUUGUCAAGGAUGAAACCUUUGACAAAAUCCUUGGUGAUGAAUUCUCCAAGGUCUUCCAUUUAAAGAAGGAAAAUGAAAAUGAUGUUUGGUUUUCAUCUCAAUCUAAGGGUAUUGUUGGCUUUGACAAGAGACAUUAUAUUUUAGAUUUAGCCAGUACUUACCCAGUUGAUAUUAAUUUCAUCAGAGAAAAUUAUGAAAAUGUUGAUGCUGAAUCUCGUUACCCACACAGACAAACCUUAUUACGUCCUGAAUUAGUUGAAAAAUGGUGGAACCAAAAGGUAGAAGAUGAAAAGGACUUGACAAUGGAAGAUGCAUGGAAGGAAGGUAAAUUUACUUACAACCCAGAUGCUUAUCAAAUUGACGGCAUUGAGGAUAAGACAAUUGAUGAGAUAUCUGACUAUCUAAACAACGAUGUGAUCACAGGUGUCAUUAAUGAUUUUGCAGAAGGUAAUGUUACUGCUCCAUAUACUGGUUCCCAUUUAGUAGAUACCCUACACAGAAACGGUAUCAACACUCGUUAUUUAGGUAAGAUUAUUAAGGUCGCACAAGCUAAGUUGGACGAACAGGAAAAGAAACACGAUGACAGACUGGAAGAGAUUAAGGUCUCAAAUGCUGAACAUGAAGCCUGGGAAGCUGCCUACUUAGAAAAGAUCCAAAAGAUGAUUAAAGAAAGACAAGAUAAAAUUAAUAAAUACGUUCAAGAAGGUAAAGACGUACCAAAGGAAUUAUCCGAAGGUUUGAAGUUAGAUGAUAAUGAAAUUAGAAAGGCCACCAAGAGUGACCCUGUCAUUGUCGGUAAAGAUGAACUUUUACCAGUUAUCGGUAUGGCAUACAUCGAAAUUAUUUCUCGUUCUUUGAAACAUAUUUUCAGAUUUUAUGCUAAGGAAUUACCAGUUGCAGCCAUUUCUUCUAUGGUCGCUUAUUUUUUCAACCUGUUAUUUGGAUCCACUUAUAACACUUCCCCAGACGCCGAAAAUAUUGACGAAUUUUAUGCAGUGUCUUCUUAUGCAUUUUCUUCUGUAACUCGUGACAUAUUAAUUAAAUCCAUUAUCAAGGAGGCCAAGCUACGUUUCCGUGCUGAUCUAUCUCUUGAAACAUUAGAAAAAUACAUUAGUUAUAAGAAUCUAAUGAUCAAAGAAAUUUCUACAAAGUUUGGUAUCCAAUUGAUCAACAAAAACUACUUCUUCUCAAAGGAUGAAUUUGAAACUUACAAGCAAUCCCAAGAUAAGAAGAUAAGAUCCAAGAUUACCGAACCUGUUGCUACAUUUAGCAAGGACGAUAUGGUCAUCAUACCUAUAGUCAAGAGUUCUAACUACAAUUCUAUUCUAAGUGAAGAAUUCUGGGGUCAAGGUACCGCCUUGGUUGCUGAAGAUAAGAAGGAAGACGGUCUAACCCUGAUGGCUCAAUCUAUUGCCAUUCUAGAGGAUGUUAAGGGUGUCGUUCAUUCUGAUGUUGCUGAAAAGUACUUAUCUAUGGCUACUAUUUACAGUAGACUUGGUUUAGUUUCUGAAGCAAUUGCAUUCUGUCGUAAAGCUUGUGUCAUCUAUGAAAGAACAAAUGGUAUUGAUUCGUUUGAACUAUUGAGAGCAUUAAAUAACCUUGCUCUUUUGGAAUUGUCUAAUGAAUCUCCAUUAAAUGCUGCUUCCAUUUACAAGAGAAUUAUUGAAAUCUCUACAAUUUUCGAAUUGAAUGAAUUCCAUCAUCCUAUUACUGCAAGUAUUUUCAACAAUUUGGAACAAGUUGCACUUGGUACUAGUAAUAUGAAGUUGACUGUUGAAGUAUUAACCAACUUGGCUGAAAUUAUUGUUAACCUAGAUGGUAAGGACAAUGUUGCUUAUGGUUUCACUGAGUCUCGUCUAGGUAAUCUAUGCGCAUCAACAAAGGAAUACAAUGCUGCUUUAGAACAUAUUGUUCAUGCUGAAAAUGUCUUCACAAAGGAAUUAGGUAGUAAUGAUCAUUUCACUGUUUCUGCCAAACAAUGGAUCAAUGGUUUAACCAACUUAUUAAACGAUCUACGUCAACAAAAGAUUCUAAAACAAGAUCAAGAUGCGGCUGAUAACUCUCCAGUGAUUCCACAUAGUAAGAAAUCCCAUGGUAAGAAACAACCAGCAGCUAAUCCAAAGUUAGCUGAGAAAUCUGUCGAUGAAUUAUUGGAUUUCAUCGAAGGUGAUGACCAUAAGAAACCUUCCAAGAAUCAGAAGAAAAAGAACGGUAAGAAAUAA